AUGCCCUUCGGGUUGAAGAAUGCUGGUGCCACUUACCAACGAGCCAUGAAUGCUAUCUUUCAUGACUUGAUUGGUGAGUUGGUUGAGGUCUAUGUGGAUGACAUUGUUGUAAAGUCUAAGUUAACAAGUCAACACUUAUAUCAUCUUCGUAUGGCCAUUUUACGUAUGAGAGGCCAUAACUUGAAGCUAAAUCCACUUAAGCGUGCAUUUGGUGUGUCUGCAGGUCACUUCUUAGGGUUCCUUGUGAACCAACGUGGCAUUGAGGUUGAUAAGAGCAAAACCAAGGCCAUCAUUGAGGCCAUGCGACCAAGUAAUAAGAAAGAGCUUCAAUGGUUCCUCGACCAAGUUAACUACAUUCGACGUUUCAUCUUGAACUGUGUUGGCCGAACCCAAGUCUUCUCUCCUUUGUUGAAGUUGAAGCAGGAAGAUGAGUUUGUAUGGCGUCAAGAGCAUCAAAAAGCCUUUGAUGACAUCAAGAAUUACCUGACAACCCCGCCGGUACUCAACUCUCCAAUCCCACAUUGGCCAUUGAAGUUGUACCUUUCAGCCACUAACACCUCUCUAGCGUGUCUAUUGGCUCAAGAUAAUGACUCUGGCCAUGAACAGGCCGUGUACUACUUAAGUAGACUAUUAAACGAGGCAGAACAAAAGUACUCCCCUAUAGAGAAGUUAUGUUUAGCCUUAUAUUUUUCUUGUAUGAAGCUAAGGUACUACUUGAUGCCUGUUCAAGUGCAACUCAUAUGUAAGACCGAUAUAAUAAAGUACAUGUUGUCCCGGCCAAUCAUCCAUGGGAGGAUUAGUAAGUGGACACUUGCACUAUCUGAGUUCAACUUGCAAUAUGUGCCUCAAAAGGCCAUAAAGGGCCAAGCAUUGGCUGACUUCUUAGCUAACCACCUAUGUGUGGAUGUGCCAGCUGAGUUGGUAGAAAUAGACAUGGUGGAGGAAGCCUCUUGGACCUUGUACUUUGAUGGAUCAAAGACACGGUCUGGAGCGGGUGCGGGCAUGAUCCUCACUUCCCCAUCAGGGCAUGCCAUGCACUUUUCCUUUACACUUGAUCUCCCAUGCACUAACAAUCAAGCCGAGUAUGAGGCUUUAGUGGUGGGGCUGGAGAUGCUUGUUGACUUGAAAGUCAAAACUUUUAAUAUCCAAGGGACUCCCAAUUGGUAG